CAUCUGUUCAGAAUACUUUAUUUCCAUGAAUAACGUCAUUAGAAUUGAUUGAAUUAUAAUUAAGUUAAUAUUCUUCGAAAUGAAAAUGUAAAAGUUAUUGUUUAAUUCGUAUAAUAACAUCUACAGUACUUUGGAAUGAAUAAUAGUAUCCUCAUGGGGUCAUCGCCAUCUCUAUUAGGCCUAGAAUAGCCUUCAAAGAAUUGUUUAUUUAUCAAUUAAAAUAACUGAAACGAAUGUUAGAAAAUGAAAAGUAGGAAAGCAUAUGCUCUUUUUUAUCGACUGUAAUAAUUUCCAUGGAAAUCAGCAUUUAUGUUUGAUAUGAGACCUACACAGAAGCGCAGAGCGUUGUUUUGCGCGUGUGUGUUUUGCUCGUUUACUCGGUCAGAACCGGCAAAAUGGACGAUAUAGCACUGCGAGCAUCUGAUCAUGUUUUAGAAGCGAUUUUUUCUUAUUUAGAUCUGCACACGCUGAGAAAUUGCGCGCUGGUUUGCAAACGAUGGAACAGAUUUUUAAAUGACGAAAACAAUGAUGCGUGGAGGAUACAUUGCAUUCGAAAGUUGGCCCAGGAAGCCCUCAGCUCCGAUAUAUUGUCAUCGGUGCCCACCUACAAAUCCAAAUUGCGUGCAUUUUAUCACGCGUGGAAUCCCCUUGACUGCUCACGAAAUAUUUAUAUUAAAUCUAAUGGAUUCACUAUGCACAGGAACCCUGUGGCGCAAAUCACAGAUGCUUGCAGGGGUAAGAUUGGUUUCAGACAUGGUAGACACGCUUGGGAAAUUAUUUGGGAAGGACCUUUGGGCACAGUAGCAGUUAUAGGAAUAGCAACUCGAGAAGCACCAUUAUUAUGCCAUGGGUACGUGGCAUUAGUGGGGGCUGAUGAGCAUUCAUGGGGAUGGAAUCUAGUAGAUAAUCAUCUAAUACACAAUGGAGAUGUACAAGGGAAUUAUCCAUUACUUAAUAAUGCUCCCAUGUACCAGGCUGGGGAAAGGAUUAGAGUAAUAUUAGAUUGUGAUGAUAACACGCUAUCUUUUGAAAAAAAUUAUGAAUUUUUGGGAGUGGCAUUUAGAGGGUUGCCAGAUAAAAGAUUGUAUCCAUCUGUAUCCGCUGUAUAUGGAAAUACAGAGGUAACUAUGGUAUACUUAGGACCACCACUAGAUGGCUAACACUUUACUUCUAGUAGAGAAAUGUCGUCAGAGGUUUUUUCAAGUCUGUUUGGUGAGAUCUGGAUGCAGGCUUCUCUGCAUUAUACCAAAAUGUCUACUAUAAAGUAGAACUAGCACACUAAUGAACUGUACAAUACUCUUUAUGAAAAAUGUGUGCCCGUUCAUUCAGUCAGUACAUUGUAAAUAGUAUUAGCAUUCCAUUUAAAUUGAUAAAUCUGUAGCAGGGCUUUAUACAAUCACAACAGUCAGAAGUUACUCAGCAAUGAACAUCAAUCAAUUUUUCCUGGCACUAUGCAUCUAUUACUAGCCUACGCAAAGAAGUUCUAUGCAUUUUAUAAAGUCAUUCAGUUCUAACACGUAGGUACUUACGAAAGUAUUCAUCGAUAUUUUCAUUUAAAUAAUUUGUCAACGAGAAAGUUCCUUCGCGAUGUAGAUGCGUGCCGCUCAAAUGAAAAUAAGUCAGAUGAAUUUCAUUGUUUCUCCAGUCACAUAGAUUAAUUUUAAGUUUACGGCGCAUGUACAUAGGACUAAGAAUUAACAGAUUCUUUACUCUUCCACACAGUAUUGAUAUUCAUGUUGUUCUUGUAUAAAUACAUGCUUCAUAUGUAUAAAUCUCUGGCCAAAGAAAUGGCAAUUUCAACUUGUUUCCAAGAUAGUCACUUGCCAUGGCAUAACAAGUCUGCCAUUCAUAUUAUCUUUAUGCCAUUCGCGUAAUAUCGCGAUAAUUAUAAAUAGAGUAACUGUGAUUUAUUUUAUUUUUACUAGUGUGCGUAUUUUUUUACGAUAUUCGUGUAGAUGUCCGAAUUAUUUUUUAUUUUUCCUAAGGCUGUUAGAAGGAUCCGCGAGAAAGGUCGACUUGCCAUUCUAGCGAAAAUUCGUUACGCUUAAUUAUUAUUUUUUUUUUAUUUAUUAUUAAUAUUUAUACACGUUAUAGAUUAUUACCAGUUUUCUAAUAUUAAGAACUGAUUUUUCAAAUGCCGUACAAUAGAGCUUAAGUAGUGAAAUCGUUUACAAUGAUUCCACUGAACAGUAUACAGGGUGUUCCACUCGAAGUGUUCAUAAUUACCAUUCAUUUAAUUAUGAAAAGCAAUGUCUGAAACAGCAACUUCAGUAGUCACCGACAUCUCCGUCAAAGUGGAACUUACGUUACACGUUGAAACAUCCAAAUAGAUAAUCUUAGAAAAUCUAUUAUGUACCUGUGGAACUCAUCUACACGAUAUCAAGAUUUCGUUUCCCUUUUUUUCCCCCUAUUACGUGCUGUGUUCCGUGUACGAUUCGUUCGUAAGAAUUAUUUAUGAUUGUGUGAUAAGUGUACAAUAACGUACAUUUAAUGCGAAACCAAAGGUUCUCGAUGCUCUUUAUGUAUUUAGCGUUCGUUAGGAAAGUGUUGCGUUGGAUUGAGUGUGAAAAUUGUAAAUCAUGUUCUGCAAUGUCUGUACUUACAAGAUGACAUGUCUUAGAGGUGUGCAUAACGCGUAAUGUACAUAUUUAUUAUGGUCAUUGUGCUUGUUAAGUGUAGCGUUUGUAAAUUACUCUCUCCUCCCCAAACUGUUGUACAGGAUUAUCAAUCAAGGAUACAAAGAGAGAUAAAAAGAUAUAUAUGUAUAAAUCUUGUUUGGUAUAUGUCGGAUGAGCUCAUCUAUUCAAGUAGCAAAUGUACCACGGGUCGCGGACUGAUUUAGAAUUUAUACCCAUUUCGGAACGACGACAAAACGGAAAGUCAAGUUUCUGUGAAAACAUAUGAAGAUUACAUGUGUUGUAUAGCGGUGCCUUAUUAUGAUUCUUUUUAACGUAAUCUCGAUGCGGUUGCGACGCGUACACUAAUAGCAAUUAAGCGUUACAACUCGAACAACGUCGGCCCGUUGCAAAUGUAGAUUGUACAUGUGAAACAGUUCCAACCAUUCGCGUAAAAUGCAUACAUUUUGUAAAUAUUCGUGUCCGAGCGCGCAUACGAGUCAUGGGGAAUCAUACAGCUGCCUGGGAAACCUGUUCCGUACAAUCGUUUAGGAGGAGGAGGAGUAAAUUAGUCAAAAAAUACAAUUAAGCUUGGAACACCGGUAUGCUGGAUAUAUACUCUCUUAUAUCGGGGAUACGAGUGUUUUGAAAGAAAAGAAAAGAAACAGAAAAAAAAGGAAAAUUGUACAUCGCUCUGUAAAUAAAUUAUUUUAUUUUAAUGC